ACUUUCACAUGGAAACACGCCUGGAAAACCACUGGAAACUUUUCCAUUAUUAUUAUCUGUCAAAUAAAAAUUUAUCUGCACUUCAGCAUAUUUUUUUUUCCUUCGAAUUGAAAAAAAUUUCAACAAAAAAUACACUUCUACACUUCCAAUACGUAAUUAAAAAAUACAAAAAAAAAAUAUGGAUUCCGAUCCAAUGAGCCCCAAAAACCAACCACACCAAAUUGGCUUUCAAGGUGGUAACCAGGGACCAUCAGGUGCUCCUGCAACUGAAAAUCAACCAAUACAAGGGUAUCCCCCUGCAGUACCGGUUUUCGGCUUUGUCGAACCACCUCGUCCAUCCAACAAUUAUGGUGGUCCUGAUGGUAUCUAUCCAGCACCAUCCGGUGGAUUUGAUCCACAAGGAACUUCCGUCGGUGGCAAUUACAAUAAAUUAGUCGAUCCUGAAUCUCAAAAAUUGAAAAACUUUUCAUUUACUGACCAAAGCAUUCGUAGAGCAUUCAUUCGUAAAGUUUAUAGCAUACUUAUGUGUCAAUUAUUGGUAACUUUUGGUGUGGUUGCAUUAUUUGUAUUUCACAUGCCAACACAAGAAUGGGCAACACAAAAUCGUUGGCUUCUAUAUGGAACUAUGAUUACAAUCUUAGUUAGUACCUUGUUAAUGGGUUGCUUUGAAGAGUUUCUGCGUAAGACACCAUCGAAUUUUAUGUUUUUGGGAUUCUUUACUGUAUGUCAGUCAAUACUUGUGGGCUAUGUUUGUACUAUUUAUGAUCCUGAAACGGUAAUAUUGGCCGUAGGAGUAACAACAGUACUCUGCCUUGGAUUAACCUUAUUUGCCUUACAAUCGAAAUACGAUUUUACCACCUGUGGUGGUAUACUGCUUACAGCCUUGCUACUUCUCCUAAUAGUCGGCUUGGUAUCAGUAUUCUUCCCAGAUAAAAGAUUGAAAAUUGUAUACUCGGCAUUCGGUGCAAUGUUAUUUUCGUUCUAUUUAAUUUACGACACCCAAUUGAUGUUGGGUGGAGAGCAUAAAUAUGCAAUCAGUCCAGAGGAUUAUAUAUUUGCCGCAAUUAAUAUUUACUUAGAUAUUAUUAAUCUAUUCUUGUAUAUUUUGAGAAUUGUUGGAUCAAAGAAGUAAUAAGUGAUUGUCAAAAAUAUUUGUAUUUAUGUUUUAUGUGGUGUUUUUUUUUUGUUGAUGUAGCUUAAUCCAUUUUUUUUUUAAACAGUUUUUAUUAUAUUUUUUCUUAUCGUCUGUGUUGAUGUUGUAUUGUGAUAUGGUGUAAUAGAAAAAUAAAUAAAUAAAUUGAUAUUAAAUUGAGUACAAUUUGUAUAAAAAAAUAAAAACCGAAUUUUUGUAAUCUCAAAUUAUAAUAUUAUAUAUUUUUUCAUAACUAAAUUCUUUGUGCAUAGAUGUUAAUAACCACAUUUGUAAAAAUAAUAAUUGUAUUUAUUUAAAUUUUAUUUAUUUAAUGUUUAUAAUCUAUUACGGAAAUCGAUGAUUAUUAUGUUGGAAACAUUAUUAUUGUCUACAGCUACAUCAACAUAAUUACACAUUACCGCCUCAAUAUUUUAAUCGAAUAACAACAGCUUUUUUGCCAACGAAUUUCUCAAUAAAUUGACAUUAUUUUAUUUAAAUAACUUACUAUGGUACAUAAAAUAAAUUUCAGAAUA